AUGACAGAAGUUUUUGCGCGAUUACAGUUCCCGGUAAAACUUGCAUUCACCUUCACCAUAAAUAAAUCUCAAGGUCAAUCAUUGAAAUGUACGGGACUUCUACUUGAUCCUAUGUGCUUCUCUCAUGGACAAUUAUAUGUGGCAUGUUCAAGAGGCGGUGACCCGAAAAAUCUCUACAUUUAUUGUCCGAAUGGAAAAACAAAGAACAUCGUAUAUCCUCAAGCAUUAAAAUGAUACAGAUUAUUA